AUGCUGUCCGUUGUUUCGACUGGCCGGCUGCUGGCCAAGUGCCUGCUCGUCCUGGCCCUGGCUGCAUAUGCAGCUGCAUUCUCUGUCCUCUCUGCCUCGCCCAAUAUCUUCCCCAUUGCCGGCGGCACAACCAUCAGCCUCACCCUCGCUGGCUACUAUGAUCCCUCGAGAACCUACCGCGUCGCCGUCUGGAACCCUACCACCGGCCGGAGCUCCAUCGCAACGGCCACAUUCAGCUCCGCAAGCACUGGCGGCAACGUCAACACCACCGCCGUUGUCUUCCAGAGCCCCGCGAUGGACGAAGGCGCCUGCGUUUUCAAUGUCACGGACGGCUUUACCGUGAGCGCGGGUGUCGUCGACUCUCUGCUGGUUUACGAUCCCUCGCGUCUCAGCGGAGCCGUUACAGCCUCCACCCAGGGCCAAGGCAUCAACGCUCGCUCACUGCUUGCCAACGGCGGAAACACAGUCAUCAUUGCCCUUCCCGCUAUGCCCAACAAUCUGCUCGCCUUGGCCAACGUAUCCCCCGCCAUUCGCAUCGUCAGCGUGGUCAAUGCCUCCAGCUACUACGACAUUGCUGCCCAGCUCAGUGGCAGCACCCUCACAGGCUUCACCGACGCCGGCAUCGCACAGGUGUCUCUGGGGCAGCAGGCCAAGGCCCUCAUAUCCUUUGACGGAAAGCAGACCUUCCACGACCUGAGCCUCGUCUACACUCUCACAUAUCGCCCACCGAUCAACAUCCUGCUGACUUGCUCGAGUCCGCCAACAGACUCUGGUUUCGGACACUCGCUCAACGUUGGACUCAAUAACCUCAAGAUUCAGUUCGGAAGCUCUAUAUCCAUCUACACGCUCUUCAACAUUGGCUUCAACACCAACUACCAGCUCAUUCACGACACUAUCCAACAAAACUCCAUCGACAUUGCCAUCCUGGGAGUGACCAUUUCCCAGCAGCUCAAUCUCACCGUGACCUUGACCCAGAACUUUCCCAGCCUCAAGGUUCUCACCUGGACGACCUCCAACAUCAACCCCAUCCCGGCCAACACGCGCUGGUACUCCUUGCGCCAGGAGGAAGCAAAGUACUUGACUGGAUACGCUGCUGGUCUGUUUGCCAAGAGCCGGUCGGACGUCAGCUUCGCAAAUGGCAACAUCCCAAUUGGGUAUCUACUUCCAAUGGAGAUCCCAAGAACGAUGAUCCACGCCAAUAUGUUUCUCUUGGGUCUGCAGAAGGCCAUUCCUGGAGCGAAAAUGAUCACCCGAAGCAUCGGCACAUUCUACUAUCCAUUUGCCGAAACCCAAGUCUCGCAGCAGUUCCUGGCCGACGGCGUCAAGGUCCUUGGAUACCAGACCGACACGGUCAUUCCUGUUGCUGUCUUCACCUCAAAUGGAUCCUACAUCGCUGCCGCAAACACCGAUCCCAGCGGCGACUAUGGCAACCGCGUUCUGGCGACAGCUUCCUUUGACUGGAUCACGAUCUUUGGACCAUUUGUUCAGAACUACAUCGACGGCGUGCCGCUCAGUGACACCGCCAUGGUCAACUCUGGCCUGCUCAGCGGCCUUACUUACAUCACCGGGAUCUCUGGCUGGUUCGACGUCAAUCAGGUGGCAGCCAUUCAGGCCGAAGUUGCCCGCCUCAAGUCGCUCCCGGACAACUCCCGGUACUGCGGUCCCAUUUAUGAUGUCAACGGCAACACCAUCAUCGGUCCCAACGACUGCCUGAACUUCACCUUCACCAACACGCUGAACACGUACUUCCAGGGCAUCGUGCCCAUGGGCCAGUUCAACCCCGUCUUUCCCUACGAGAAUCGCCACCUGAUCUCGAUGGGUCUACGAAUCGUUAUAUUCUUGAUCACGGCCCUCAGCCAGGUUAUCACCCUUGGCAUCACCCUCCUCAUCAUCCUCAACCGUGAACAGCCCCAAAUCAAGGGCGGGUCGCCGACGUUUCUGGUGCUGAUGGGCUUCAGCGCCAGCAUCGCCCUGUGUGGCAAUUAUCUGAUGGGCAUGGAUGACAAUGUCAUCCAGGACGCCAAUACGCUCAACGCCGCCUGCAUGGCGACGCCAUAUGUGAUUGUCCUGCCGAUGAUGCUGAUGUUUGGCGCACUGCUCAUCAAGAUGUGGCGCAUCUAUCGCAUCUUCAAGAACCCCAAGGCCGAGAUCAUCAGCUUCAGGCCGCACGAACUCUUCUUCACGAUGGCUGCUCCGAUGCUGGUGUCGUUGGGCAUUAUUCUCGUUUGGAACUUUACGGCGCCCCUGGAGUGGAUCCGAACCAUCAUCAACACCGAUUCGUUCGGGAACAGCAUCGAGUCGUCUGGGCUCUGCAAAAGUUCCACCACGCUGAGCUUUGAUCCAUUCCCGAUCUCGAUCUUCUUUAUAUUCAUGGCGAUCCUACUGACCAGCUUCUGGAUCGGGCACUCAACUCGAAAUGUCCCGUCGCAGUUCAACGAAGAGAAAAACCUGAGAUCCUCGAUCUCCUUCUGGGUGCAAGUUGUUGUGGUUUUGUAUCCCCUCAACUACUCCUUCUCGGAUCCGAGCGGCCUCUUUACUCUCCGAUCGUUGAUGAACGUCUCGGCAACCAUGGGCACCACCGUUUUUGUCCUGGGAUCGAAGCUUUGGGGAGCCUCCGAGGAGCAGAAUCAACGCAAGGGCUCGGCGUCGGCAAGCACCUGGAAGCCCGAGUCGGGCACCACAACCACAACCACUGUCGGUGCCCAUGGCAAGUCGCCCACAACCCGCCCGUCUGAGGCCACUGAUCCACGCCAACCCCUGCGUACGCAGCCCUAUUCGGCUUGAGUUUAUUCGGUGUGUCGCAAGAGCCAAAAGCCAAAAUGGCAAAUCAAAGAACAAGGAACUCAACCAGAGUGGGCCAAGUGAAAUGGAGAAGCAAAAUAUGUCACCGGUCGAUCAGUACCGUCGUGAUCGCUGCGUCGAUCCUGGGCAAAAACUGUGAAUACAGC